AUGGCCGAGUUCACACAUGUCCGCGCCACCCGGGUCCACUGCACCGGUUCUGACAAGGGGGAGGAGGGCAUCGCUCAGGCCAAGCAGAGUCAUGAGAGGAGAGGUUCAGACUGGGGCGGUAUCGCUAUGCUGGAUAAGACCGAGGAGUUCUUCCAGAUCUGUGACAGCGAGAGAAAAGGUUACAUCACACGCACGGACAUGAGGAGGUUACACACAGAGCUGCCCCUCAGUGAAGAAGAGCUGGAGAAUGUCUUUGACUCGCUGGAUUCAGACAACAACGGUUUCCUAACACGAGGGGAGUUCUCUUCAGGAUUCAGUGACUUCUUGCAUGGACGAAGAGUUUCGAAAACAGACGAGUCGGUGGCCGCCCUCUCGCCGAAGGUUCUUGAGGCUUUGUACGAGAGCCAGUGGGAUGAGGAGUUAACGGGAAACGAGGAUGAGGAGGAGAGACAUUUCUCCAUGCUGAUGGAGAGCCUGGGAGCCAGCAAUGUCUUUGAGGACCCAGGUGAGGUACGGUGUCUAUGGGCACAGCUCAGGAAAGAUGAGCCUCACCUUCUGUCCAAUUUUGAGGAGUUCCUGGCCAGGGUUACAUACCAGAUCAAAGAGGCCCAACAGGAGAGGAGAGAGAUGGAGAGUGCCCUCCAGAGGAAAGUGGCCAGACAUGACAGUGAAAUCCGACGUUUGUACGAGGAGAUGGAACUUCAAAUCAAAAACGAGAAAGACCAGUUAAUUCUCAAGGACUCAGAGCGGCUGCAGUUACACAGCCAGGAUCUGCAGCAGCAGCUGAGGAGCAAAGAGCAGGACCUGGAGCAGCUGUUUCAGAAGCAGAGGAAACUGGAGCGUCAGUGUCGUGAAUUACACACAGAGCACCAGGAGAGCCGAGUGGAGAAUGUCAAACUAAAACUGACCAAUGAGGAGCUUUCCCGUGAGCUGGAGCACACCUGUCGGGAGCUGUCAUUGGCCCAGGAGCAGUUGGCUGUUCUGCAGGAGCAAGCUUCACGACUACAGCAAGAGAGAGAGAUGGAAAUGUACAGAAUCACAGAGGGGUUACAGAGAGAGAAACAAAGCCUCAUGAGACAAUUAGACCUUCUCAGAGAAAUGAAUAAACAUCUAAGAGACGAGAAGGACAUCAGUUCACUGAAAGCCAAGAACUCAAUGAAGAAUUCCACCCGUAAGCCGAGACUGAGCUCAUCCUCAUCAUCGCUGAAGCGUUUUGACAGGAAAGUCUCUACCUGCAGUGAAGGUGAUGUGGAGGAAGUGACUCAGGGCUCAGGCAGGAAGAGCACCGUUCUGCCCAAUGGUUACGCCCCCUACGCCACCUCAGGGGGUGAUGGGAAAGCGGAGGUGGAGGACCAUGCAAAGAGAAAAGGCCAGGGGGACAGAGGGAAAAAACCACACGACGCUUUAACACAGGCUGUUGAGGACGUUGACCCUGAGGACGCUCCACCUGUGGGCUGGCCACUGCGGAGAGUGAUAUCCAUCGAGGAAGACCACCUUCCUCAUCUUCUACAAGGAGAACCUCAGCCUCUUCUUCAUCAGCUCAGUGAGGAAGAGGAGGUGGACAUAGGAGGCACUGACUUGGAAAUGAGUUCAUUGUUUCCCUCAAACGUCUCGUUGGCCUCCACCACUGGCGAGUCAUCUCCGCCCCCAUCCAGAGGGAAGACGCCCCCUUCUCGAACUUCAAAGGUUAAAAGCAACACGCCCACCACGGCGAGAGGCCAGCCUGUUGGCAAGGAGACAAGGCGGAUGGGUCCAGUAGAAGGAGCCGUGACCUCUCCAGACCGUCUCUUUAAGGUCGUCCUGGUUGGAAACUCCAGUGUGGGGAAAACGGCUCUGCUCCGACGCUUCUGUGACGGCCGUUUCCACUCCUCCACCUCUGCCACUGUGGGCAUCGACUACAGCGUGCGGACUCUGAAUCUUGGGGACAGUCACGUGGCUCUGCAGCUAUGGGACACUGCAGGACAGGAAAGGUAUCGCAGUAUCACUAAGCAGUACUUCCGUAAGGCUGAUGGCGUGGUGAUCAUUUACGACGUGACCAUGCAGGACAGUUUCCGCUCUGUACGACCCUGGCUCACCAAUAUCCACGAGGCUGUGGAGGAUGCCAUUCCCAUCAUGCUCCUGGGCAAUAAAGCUGACAAAGAGAACGAGAGGGAGGUGCAGGCCAAGGAGGGGGAGCGUCUGGCAGAGGAGACACAGCUACUGUUCUAUGAGUGCAGUGCUUACACAGGAUACAACGUACUGGAGGCGAUGACACACCUGGCCAGAGUGCUGAAAGAACAGGAGGACAGAGAGAGAGAAAAAACUGUGGUUUUGGAAGAUGCACAGCUGAGGAAGAAACCCUGCUGCAAAUGA